CCCAGGUGUUGGGAGGAGCUCAGGCGUGACCAGGAGCAGCUUCUGGAUGGGAUCUGUAUGUUGGACAUCAGGACUGGGGGUGUCCCCUCACAACUGUUGGUGCACGGCUCCCUGGCCUUCCCUGUGGGGCUCGAUAACUCCUUCCUUAGCUGCUUCCUAGCAGCUGCCCACUAUGGCCGUGGGCGUGUGGUGUUGGCUGCACAUGAGGCCAUACUCGAGGCUCCUAAGUUGGAACCCUUUUUGCUCAAUGCUAUACAUUGGCUGUCCAGAGACCAGAGAGCUACUAUUGGGGUGAACAAUAGCCUCAAGAGUCUGAAUUCCCUAUUGUUGAAGCAUGGCCUGAAAUGCAGCCUGGAGCCCCAUUUGACCAAUGACAUGGGUGUCUACUGCUGUGUAGCUUAUAGUGACCAGGAUGCCAAGAAAAUACAGGAGUUUGUAGCAGAGGGUGGAGGAUUGCUCAUUGGUGGACAGUCCUGGUGGUGGGCUUCGCAGAACCCAGGCAUCUCUGCUUUGGGUAGAUUCCCUGGGAAUAUCAUCCUCAACACCUUUGGCCUCAGCAUUUUGCCUCAGACUAUCAACCCAGGCUGUUUCCCUCUCCUUCCUAUAGAUAUAAGGAACUACCACUUUCGAAGGGCUCUUUCUGAGUUCCAGGCUAUGUUGAACCACAAAGGUGGGAACUUGGAAAAGAAGUAUUUGAGAAAGUUAGGAGUCGAUGGGGCAGGCUUUCUUCAGAUUCCUGCACAGGGAGUUCCUGCUUAUUUAUCUGUGCACCGGAUCCUGAGGAAGAUGCUUCGACAGGCAGGCAUCCCAGCUGUGAGCAAGAAAAAUCCAGUGUCCAGUCACUCCUGUGAGGCUGCACUACUCCGUCUAGCCACAGAGCUGGCACAUUCUGGAACUGAUUGCUCUGAGAUAGUUCACAACCUUGAUACUCAGACCUGCUCCUCCAAUCUCAGCUCCUCAAAAUACCCCAUUACUGUGGAAAUCGAUGGAACCAACCCAGGUGACAGCAACGUCUGGAUGAGCACUGGGCUCUACCUCCUGGAAGGACAAAGCACAGAGAUCUCUGUCUCUGAAGCUGCUGCCUCUGCUGGCCUGAAGGUACAGAUUGGAUGUCACACUGAUGACCUUAGCCAGGCCAAACAGCUGUUUCGAGCCCCUGUGGUAACUUACCAGUGCUGUAUGAACAAAACCCAACAGUCAGUUUCCUGCCUCUGGGGUGGUCUCCUGUACAUCAUUGUACCCAAAGGCUGUCAACUUGGCCCUGUAUCUGUUACCUUCACGAAGGCAGUGCCUGCUCCAUACUACAAGCUAGGUAAGACAUCACUGGAGGAGUGGAAAAGCUGCAUCCAGAAGGACCUAGGCCCCUGGGGAGAGCUGGCCACAGACAAUGUCAUCCUGACAGUGCCAACUGCAAGCCUCAAGAUUCUGGAGGAUCCAGAACCUCUGCUCCAACUCUGGGAUGAGAUUAUGCGGGCUGUGGCCAGGCUCGCAGCCCAGCCCUUCCCUUUCAAAAUACCUGAGAGAAUUGUUGCAGAUGUUCAGAUAUCAGCUGGCUGGAUGCAUUCAGGAUACCCCAUCAUGUGUCAAGAGGAGUCCGUGCAGGAGCUAAUAAGUUUGGCAAACAUAAGAAGUGAGGGCCUGUGGGGACCCAUCCAUGAGCUGGGCCACAAUCAGCAACGCCGUGGUUGGGAGUUCCCCCCACAUACCACCGAGGCCACCUGCAAUCUCUGGUCAGUCUACGUUCAUGAGACAGUCCUGGGGAUUCCCAGGGCUCAGGCCCACCCUGAACUGAAACCUGAAGAAAGAGAAAAGAGAAUUAAAGCACACCUUCAGAAGGGAGCACCCCUGAAUGACUGGAAUGUCUGGACAGCACUGGAGACAUAUCUGCAGCUCCAGGAGGCCUUUGGGUGGGAGCCAUUCAUCAGUCUUUUUGCUGAAUACCAAACCAUUUCUCACAUCCCUGAAGACAACGAGAGCAAGAUGAACAUAUGGCUGAAGUUGUUCUCUGAACAAGUGCAGAAGAACCUGGUUCCUUUCUUUGAAGCCUGGGGCUGGCCUAUCCAGAAGGAGGUGGCUAAAGAUCUGGCCUGCUAUCCUUCCUGGGAAGAUCACCCCCUGAAGAUGUACAUGGGGAUGGAGUAG